AUGGAAAACGUGGGCAGUAGUAAGAUUCUCAUAAUUGGAGCAACUGGGUUUGUGGGAAAGUUCAUGGUGGAAGCUAGUGCUAAGGCUGGCCACCCCACCUUUGCCCUGGUUCGAGAAUCCACUCUUUCUGAUCCUGCAAAAUCUUCCAUCAUUCAAAAAUUCAAGACCUUGGGUGUCAACUUGGUUUUGGGAGAUAUACGUGAUCACAAGAGUUUGGUUAUGGCGAUAAAAAAGGUGGAUGUGGUAAUAUCUAUUGUGAGUCACAUGCAGUUAGAUGAUCAAUAUAAGGUCAUUUCUGCUAUUAAGGAAGCCGGAAAUGUUAAGAGGUUCUUUCCUUCAGAGUUUGGAAAUGAUGUGGAUCGGACUCAUGCAGUAGAGGAAGGACACGAUAUAUUUGACAGUAAAGUUCAUAUUCGUCGAACCAUUGAGGCUGAAGGAAUUCCUCAUACCUAUGUGGUGGCUAACUUUUUCACUGGACACUUCCUACCCACUUGGUCAGAUCUUCAUGCCAUAACAGCACCAAUUGAUACGGUUGUUAUUCUUGGGGAUGGAAACACCAAAGUUGUUCUUAACACUGAAGAGGACAUUGCCACUUACACCAUUAGAAGUGUUGAUGAUCCAAGAACCUUGAACAAAAUUCUCUAUGUCAGACCCCCAGCCAACACCUUGUCAUACAAUGACCUGGUAUCUCUCUGGGAGAAGCAUCAUAGUGAGAUUCUUAAAAGAGUCUAUGUCUCGGAAGAGAAAGUUUUGAAGUAUAUUAAAGAAUCUUCAUUCCCCAUCAACAUGGGUCUGUCUAUUUGCCACUCUGCAUAUUUGAAGGGAGAUCACACUAACUAUGAAAUUAAGCCUUCAUUUGGAGUUGAAGCUUCAGUGCUCUACCCUGAUGUUAAAUACACCACUUUAGACGAGUUCUUCCAUCACAAUGAUGCUUGCACGCCAUUUUACUUGAACCAGCUUAUACUCGUUAAUGAUAUAUAG